UUCCGGGAGAGGGAGCGGCUAAAUUGGAAGGAAAUUUGGAGCGGCUUCGUCCGUUUUCGGCUAUAUCGGCCGCCAGUCUAUUUUUACCGGAUUGCGGCAGAGAGCGGAACAGACAGCCUGGGUAACACCCGCCGUAUUUACGCGAACCUGUUCGGCCGUUUGCUGCAGAUUCUACACGAAAAUGAUCACUAGAGCGGAGAGGUCGUGACUAUAUUGGGCGCCCAAUCUUUUGCUUAUUUGGCCACAACGCUGCCCGUCAAGGCGUCAACGUCAAAGAUGGUGAAGAAUUUGAGCAGUGAUGACGGGAUUGCGGCAAUUUUGGUGGCAACCUAACAAACCAACAUCGUUACAGGCAGUAAUACUCGAAUCAAUUCCUUCCUGGCUGCUGGUGCCUGCCCGUUGCUGGCCUUGAAGUUGCUUGUUCAUUCCAAGAUGGAGAUCAUCAAGGAGACUGCCUGGGCCGUGUCUAACAUUUCUGCCGGAAAUGCCAUCCAUAUUCAAGCUCAUCACCAACAACGUUGUUCUUCCGUUGGUGGACGUGCUGGGCAAAGGUGAUUUCGAAUGCCAAAAGGAAGCAGCUUGGGCCAUCACCAACAUCACCUCGGGUGGCAAUAUCGAGCAGAUUGCUUUGUUGUAGUUGGUACACCCUGGGUUGGUUACGAUGCCUGGAGAGUGGGUGAUACCAAACUCGACUGGUUUGGGGCUCAAGCAGGACAAGGAACCUACAUGGGUAGUCCUGCUUUCGGUACUCCUUUGGUCUGGACUACAAACAACCCUGCGAAACCCGAAUACCAGCCGCUAAACAAAUGGGGAGAUGCCAAUCAUAUGGUGGAUUUCAACAUGGAUUGUUCAGAGACGGAAAACGGCUGGUUUGACGUCAAAGCUUAUCUCACUAAUUCCGCAUCUGGAUGGGAAGCUGACAUAGCCCAAUCACCCUGCACUGGUACAGGAGCUGAUGCUCUUCCCCCUUACUCUGGAACAAAAAAUCACAUGGCUCGUUGCGGUUACAUCAACAGGAGGCACACUAAAGUAGAAACGAGCUUGGUGAUGAAUGAACCUUGGGAUUACCGCAAACUUGCCUCGGAUUGAAAGCGAUUAUUUAUCAUCUACAUUUGCUUCUAUUCCACCCUAUCCUAUACACACUUCAGGUAAGGAAUUCUUAAAAUUUCAAACGCAUUACCCUGAGCAAUUCAACCGAUUUCCACUGAACGUGAAAACUGUAAAAGUACUUGUAAGCUAAAAGGUGUCUUUAAAAUGGUUGGGAUGAUGAAAAAUUGUUUAGACUUGUGCGUUCAAACUUUUUAGAAAGCGCGAAACACGGGAAGUUACUUGACUCUUAAGCCGACAAAGAUCAGCUCCGAGGACUGCAUGUAUAGACAGUGUGAUAGAUAAGGAAUGUGAAAAGUACCUUUUGGUUUGCUGAUAUAAAAAUCUGUUUUUAUUUUUA